UUCAGAUUUUAAAAAAAUCUAGGAAAUGUCACAUUUUUACAAACCUACAUUUGUUCAUGACUUUCCAGUACAGGAAAAACAUUUAUCAGCUCAAUCUCAAUAUUGGGAUGAAUAUAAAAUUCCAAUUACACUAAAGGAAUCAUCUGCCAUUAAACAUCUUGAUUUAACCAAAGUUUACCCCUAUAAGUUAGCUAUAACAUCUUCCACCAAAGUUCAAAUUUAUGAUUUAAAUAAUGAUAAACCUAUUGUAGCAUUUACCAAUUUUAAGAAAAGUGCUUAUGGUGCAUCAUUUCGAAAGGAUGGUGAAUUAUUGAUUGCUGGGUGUGAUGAUACAGGGGUUAAAUUGCUCUCACUUGCAACUAAAUCACAAUUAAGGGAAUUUAAAGGACAUACAAGCCAAGUUCAUGUAACUAAAUUUACAAAUGAUAAUUAUCACGUGAUAUCUUGUUCUGACGAUAAAUCAGUAAAACAUUGGGACAUAGCUACAGGCAACAUGUUAUCUAGUCGUCAUAUACACGAAGAUUAUAUUAGGUGUGGGUCAGUAUUCCACUCAGAAUCUUCCAAUUUAUUUGUUUCCGGCUCUUAUGAUCACACCGCGAGAAUAUUUGAUUUCAGAACAGAACAAAAUUGCGUUUCGAAUAAUGGCAUGAGUUUUGAUCACGGUUCUCCCAUACAAAGCCUCCUUCUGCUUCCGAACGAUCGAAUUUUAUUUACUGCUGGUGAUAAUAUCAUAAAAGCGUGGGAUAUAUCUCAAAAUGGUAGGCAAUUACAUACAUUUGCUCCGCAUUCAAAAUCGAUAACAUCGUUGGCUCUUGGUGGCCCACUCAAUGAUAGAUUGAUAUCUGUUUCUCUCGACAAACAAUUAAGGAUCCACGAUAUAUCAAACUACGAAAACAUACAUUCUUUAGCCUACCCCGAGGAAAUUCUAAGCCUCUCGCUAACGCCUAAAGAUGACAUCCUUUGUGUAGGAAUGACAAACGGUCUUUUGUCCAUAAGACACAGGCGCAGUAAUGAAGAAAUCGUUAAAAGGGUUAGGGCUUUCAAAACUCACAUGAUACCUAAGUUAUCUUCAGCCAGAUAUUUUUCGGACGAAAAUAUAGUUGAUGAAAAUGAUCACUUAAUGGUUGAUUUUGAGGAAGAUCCAAUGUUUAAGGAAGAAACUAACAUCUUAGCUCUGGAUGAAAAUGUUAUAUUGCCCAAACCUACAAAAAAUCAGCUGCGUUCCUUUGACAAAUGUCUCAAGAAUUACGAUUAUAAUUUGGCUUUUGACAAAACCUUUGAAAAAUAUGAAAGAAAUAUAAAAUAUCCUCAUGUGACGAUUAGUUUUUUGCGCGAACUAAUCAGACAAAAUAAACUCAAGACAGUUUUGGCAGGAAGAAAAUGGACUUAUGAUAACAACAACCAAAAGGACAAAGGCGAAGUGGGAGCUUUAGAAAGUCAAAGAAUAAUGAAAAAUUUUAAGGCCUUCCUUCUUAAGUUUCUACAGGACCCAAGAUUUAAUAGUGUUUUAUUAGAUGUUGCAACAAUAUGUGUUACAUGUUUGAACGAAGAUAUAAAACUCUGUAGUGAGGACUCCCUUGUAAACAAUGAUGAGGAAAAGGGUAAAGAGCAAUUUUUAGAGGAGAUUUUAUCCAUCAUUGAAGCUGAUAUAGAUGUGGCCAUGGAUGCAACCUGUACCAUAGGAGUGCUAGGUUCUAUGAUUGAAAAAAAUAAGGCUUCUUCAGCUAUAGGAUUAUUUGGAAUAAAAAAUGACAGCCUUGAUAAGAACAGUUAUAUUACACCUACUCAAUAUGAAACUCUAACAUUUUACGAAAAAUUUUAUACAAAUUUGAAUAAUUCAAAAAUUUUAAAUGAUGUAUGAUUAUGAUUAUAACUUUUGACAUUGAUUAAGAAUACUUGAAUAUAAUAUUGUAAAUACAAUUGAUUAAU